GAAUGAGUUCUCUUCAGCUUAUGAAGUCUUUAUUUUACAAGUUCUCAGAUUUACUCCAUGUUUAAUCUGGUCACCAUCAUUUUCUAUAUUAAUUUUGAGAUAAACAGAAAUGUAUGUGCCAUAGCCCAUGGGACAUAUGGCCUAUGCAUUGGUAAUUGGGAGGAGGGGGUUCAAAGUGUGUGUAUCACAAAAUUAUACUUUUUCAUUUAAAAAACAAUGAUUGAAUUUUUAUGAACAUGCUUAAUUGUUGCUGGAUUUAUGAACAUGAAGAAACAACUUCCCUUGAAAGGAUGUGUUUAAAAUCCAAAUCUUAACAAGUCACAUUACAAAAUCACAAUUGAUUAUUACAAGUUUUACAUCUAAAAUAUAGUCUCUAUAUAAUUUACAAGUUCAAGACAACCUUGAUGUUCUUGUCGGUGACAGAAGCUUUCUUGGGCUUGGCAUUGUUGAGGCAUUUGGAUUUUGGUAUUUGAAUAUUCAAAUUUUCAGUAGAAAAAUUGGUAAGUUCACCCCCCAACACAACGCGCUUCCUCUUGAGGGGUUGAUUCUCAGUGAGGUUUGCGGUCAUGGCCCUCCUCUUUGCGGCGGCACGAGUUUCCAUCUCUGAAGGUGGCUCUCUUUGAAGAAAGGGGACAGAGAAAAAGAGAGGGCAAUAAGAAUGAGUAAAGAAGAGAGGAAGAGGGUGCCAAGUUUGAAGGGAGGGAUAUUGAAAGAGACAAUUGGGAUUUACAGUAUAAUAAGGAUGAAGCACGAAGAGUGCCAUUUGAUUUGAGUAAAAAUUUCAAAACAGAGAAAGAUAGAGAAGAUUAAUGAAAAUGAAAAGGGGGUUUGAGAAUUCAGAGUGCCGCUGCUGGUAAAAAAUGAAAAUGGGUUGAGGAAAUUUCUGCACAUUCAUCAAUGAAGUCUAUGCAGUAGUUUUCAUUUUGAAUAUCUUAAAUUAUGUUCAUUGAAACUUUAUCCUAUAUUUUCUGCAUUGCAGAUUGACUAUUGCAGUGUGCAGGUGCUAUGCGAUCCUGUUCAACGCAUGGUUUUCGACGAAAUUCACGGCUAUUCUUUGACUUCAAUAAAUCCCUUCCUCGAUGAUUCUAGCCCAAAGGAUCAUGCUUUUGUUGAUGAAUUCAGCUGCAUAGAUUCCAAUUAUCUUGUAUUUGUCAAGGAAGAAUCUGUUGGAAAACUUCCAAUAAAUUAUAGGAGAAAUGAGGUUUCCAUAAAGUCAGUGACAAUAUUGGCUGAGGUUGAGUUUGGAAGGUGCAUCACUCCGAUCGUAUAUGUUACCAAGUUCACUGCAAUCCCUGCUCAGGAGACAAAAUGGAAAUAUUUCCUCCAAUCUGACGUGACAAAAUUGGACUAUUAGAUUCUUCAUUUUGAGCAGACUUGGGAUUUUCUUCAUUGGUUUCUUUAUUGACAACAAUCUCACAAUCUGUAUCAUCUUCAAUUACAGCAUUGGGAAUCGAGUUAGAGUCACAAAAAGAAACAUGUAUGAAUUUCUCUAUGAUCUUAUGUUCUUUGAGAUAAAUCCUAUAGGCCUUGCUAUUGGUAGAA